AUGGCUGAGAAUCAACAAUUGCGCACAGAGUUCAGAAAUCUAGAGAGGCAGUUUGGGCAAAUGGCUAACAAUCAGAAUAUUAGACCUGUUGGAGCUCUACCAAGUGAUACAGAGAAAAAUCCUCAAGUCAAUACAGUGACGUUGAGAAAUGGGAGAGAGUUAGUAGAAGUGCCUAAGAAGAAAAAAGAGCAGUCUGGGCUCGAAGAAGAAAGAGUGCCAAUACCUAUUGAGAUACACUUGAACAUCCCUUUGGUGGAUAUGCUCUGUGAGGUCCCAAAAUAUGAAAAAUAUAUUAAGAAUAUAGUGGCAAAUAAGAGGAGAUUAACUGAAUUUGAGACUGGCGCACUUACUAAGGAGUGCACUUCCAGGAUUCAACAUAAGCUUCCACAAAAGCUUAAGGAUCCGGGUAGUUUUACAAUCCCUGUGAGGAUUGGUGAAAUUGAUGUGGGUGGAGCCUUGUGUGAUUUGGGUGCAAAUAUCAAUCUGAUGCCGUUGUCAGUGUUCAGACAAUUGGGAUUAGGAGCUCCGAGACCCACCACGGUGCUGCUACAAUUAGCUGACAAAUCUUAUGUUUAUCCUGGGAGGGUAAUUGAGGACGUCUUGCUGCAGAUUGGGAAGUUUAUUUUCCCUUCAGAUUUGAUUAAAUUGGACUACGAGGAUGAUGAGUUAGUUCAUUUCAUCUUGUGA